AUGGACAGCAUGAUGGCAAAUGGUGCGGCGAAUGCAUCUUAUACAUUCGAUGCUCGAAAUUUGGAAAUUAAGACAAAGUCAGUAGAACAGACAUUGGUACCGCUGGUCACGCAGAUUACAACACUUGUGAAUUUGAAAGAAAACUAUUUAUCGAGCGGUAAAAAACGCUCGGAGAAAGCUUUUCGCUCAGCUUUGAAGGUGGGUUCAGCAGUAGAAGCAGCUAUCGAACGUUUUGUAGCAGUAGGUGAAACUAUUGCAGAUGAAAAUCCAGAUAUCCAGCCUGAAAUGUACGAUGCUUGCCAUGAAGCUAGAAUAGCUGGAGCUUCAAUAGCAAACUUAAAUGGGUGCUUAGCUGAUGAUUCAAAUACUUCUAUUGAUAAAUCCGUUCUUGUCCGGGCUGCACGGCAGCUUCUUACAUCAGUUACACGAGUUUUAUUGUUGGCUGAUAGAGUGCUAGUGAAAUAUAUUCUCAGGUCUGAAGAUAAAAUCGCUUAUUCAUUAGUUAAACUAGAAAACACCACAAAUUUCACGGAUUUCGUGAAAAUUUUUACUGAAUUUGGUGGAGAUAUGGUCGAUUUAGCUCAUCGGUCAGGUGAUCGGCAAAGUGACUUAAAAAGUGAAAAACGUCGUGGACAGAUGGCAGUAGCACGUACAAUGUUGGAACGGUUGACAAUGCUGUUGCUUACUUCAAACAAAACUCUUUUAAGGCAUCCGGAUAGCGACAGUGCUCGUCAGUGUCGGAAUGGAAUGCGCCUAGCUUUACAAUUGAUAGCACUUUGUGUUUCUGAUGGUGUACUUCACUUUGAUUUAUCACAUUUUGCAUCUCCAUCUGGUAAAGAAGUUCUAGAUAUUGGAAUGCAGUUAACUGCUAAUGCCGCAAUCAGACAGUUGACGGAAAUGCUGGAGAUGGUACGGAUGACGUGCAACGUUGGAACAGGUACAAGAGAACGGUUAAUAAGCGCAUUAGAUUCAUUGUGUGAGAUGACUCAAGAUUUCACUGACUCAGCUUAUACUGCCCAUCAUCAUCGUGAACAAAUUCUUGAUCUUUUAGAAGAAUGUCGAUUUGAAAUGACUAAUCUUAUACAACGUGAUGUCACUGAUGAGCCUUUAAGAAAUGAAACUAUAAAGGUUGUCGUAGAAAGGCUUGGUAGGAGGUUGAAGGAUCUCAGGAAACAACUUCAAAUUGUGGCUAUGGAACAAAUCUCAGAAGUAUUGCGUACUAAUGAAGAUCAGCUCAUUCUUUCAAGUAUUAAAGCGUGUUCUGUUUCGGGUGAUAUCGAUAAUGUUGAAAAAUUUCUUGAAAAAUUCCGUGAACAUGCAGAGCAUAUACAAGAAGUUUGUCGGCUGCUUCAUCAUAUCUCUUUAACGGAUGGUUUACAUGUUGCUACUGGUCAUACAGAAAGAAAUCUUCGAUCUCUUGCUCCAUUGACGUUACUGGCUGGUCGUACAUUGUGCAUACAUCCUUCCUCACGUAUAGCACGGGAGAACGUGGAAGUUUUUUGUGACACCUGGGCACAAUGUGUCAAUGAUUUGUCCAGAUUAGCGAAAGAAACAGAUGCUGCAGCAAGUGGUCGAUUAGUAGCAGAAAAACAAGCCUACAUGUCGCUUCCUAGGCCAGGGGUAAGUUGGUCGGAAACAGCAAGUGGGGGAAAUGAUCGUGCUUCAUCUCCUUUGUCCCGUCUGUCUUCACCAAUUUCCAGUCGAUCUGUAGAUUUUUACUUUCUAAAAUGCAUCUCUCCACACCAUUCAUAUUCCGAAGAUCAGUUCAGUCUUGGUAACUCGGCUUUUACAAAAUUGAGAAACUCUACAGAUCGUGUAGAGCAAUACCAGCUUCUUGCAGAAGAUACUAGUUCAUCGUCAAGUGCGUCAGCACCAAGUGCAAGUAAAUCGCUUGGAGCAAGUACCUUUUUCCAGUAUAGACUAAGCACUAUUCUAGAUGAUUUGCAGAAGCAUGGUACUACACAGAAACCGACGAAACCAAUAACGCUUGAUGUUGAGGAUCAGCAGAAAAUAGCAAAAGUUGGCUUAGAAAUGAAGCUGUUAACAUCAGAAGUAGAUGCAGAAGCAGAGAAGUGGGAUGAGUAUGCGGAAAAUGAUAUAGUGAAGCGUGCUAAAGCAAUGUCUUCUAUGGCCUAUAAUAUGUAUCUUUUUACUAGAGGUGAUGGACCACUGAAAACAACUCAUGAUCUUUUUACACAGGCGGAAUUCUUCGCUGAACAAGCAAAUAAAAUGUAUAAAACUGUUCGAGAAUUUUCAUAUGAGGUACCUGGAAGUGCAGCAAAAAACGAUUUGUCAUCGAUUUUAGAGAAGAUACCUAUGCACUGUCAGCAGUUACAAGUACUUGUGAAAAGUCCAACUGUGGGCAAGCCAGCAACAUUUUCAAAAGUUGAUUCUGUGAUACAGGAAACAAAGAAUCUGAUGAAUGAAAUCGCAAAAUUAGUCACCUCUUGCUUUGUUUGUGCAACAAAGUUUGAAAUUGAAUUCCGUGGCUCAUCGACACCACGUCAAGUACUUGCUGAUAGUGAAUAUACGCAACGGAGCAGUAGAGAAUCUACUUUGUGGCGACGAACUCCAUCAGUACGACGCAACGCCCAGACACCUAUUGCUCAGGUUUGUUUCUGAUA